AUGGAUUCAUCAAGUUCUGCCUUACCAAGCACGGAUAAAGACGAUGUCUUACUACCUCCUUCGCUGGAACACGCCAGAAUUAAUACUCUACCUCAGACGGCGUACUAUAUUCCUAACUUCAUAACCGAGCAAGAAGAGCAGAACAUUCUGGACAAGAUAUCAAGCGCUCCCAAACCAAGGUGGAAACAGCUUACAAAACGGCGUCUUCAGACCUGGCCUUCAGAGCUCGUCAACAACAAACUCCUUGAAGCUCCCCUCCCUCCCUGGCUUCAAGACCCAGUCAUAUCCCGUCUGCUCUCGAUGCCAUCCCAGGACUCCUCAGCAGCGAACAUAUUCGAAAGAAGUCCUCACAAGAAGCCGAAUCAUGUCCUCAUCAAUGAGUAUCCACCUGGUAUUGGUAUUAUGCCACAUAAGUUGAGUAUUCAUCAAGAUGGCGCGGCAUACUGGCCAGUUGUGGCCACCGUCAGCCUUGGAGCCAGCCUAUGCCUGAACCUGCAUCGCAGCAAGGAGGACGGCGCUCUUGAUCCCGAACCUGCUUGGAGGAUCCUCCAAGAACCCCGUAGUUUACUCGUCACAACUGACGAGCUAUAUACUGAAUAUCUCCAUGGGAUUGCUGAUAUCGAAGAGGAUGCUGACUUGAGUGCCGAAACUGUUGCCAACUGGGAUCUUCUCCGUUCUCCCGGUGUAUACGCCAAUGGUCGGAAUAUCCGUCAAACUCGCACAAGCCUGACGUAUCGAGAUGUUCUUCAGGUAUCAAAAGUCGCGAACAAGCUUGGCAUCUUCCUCAAACGAUGA